CAUAAACUUUUAAACAUAUGGUUUCAAUGCAAAUUGUUUAAUUAUGAAAAAUGUUUAUAUUAUUUUUAUUUUUUCUCAUGCGUAUUGCUUUCAUGCGAAAAUUAAUAUCAAUUCCCACCGCAAGGUUUGCUGAUUUGUGAAAUAGUUUUUUCAUUUUCAUUUUCAUUUUCAUUUUUAUUUUUUCUUUUCGUUUUUAUCGUUUCGUGAGUGAAGUUGCAAAUUGAAAAGAAUAUUAAUAAUGGAGUUAAAUUUUAGAAAAGAAACGAGUGCCUGCGAAAGGGAAAAAGAGCGAGAAUGGUUGUACGCUCAACCAUUAUAUUUGGCGAAACAAUUAUUGUUGAGAAAGGUUUGCUUUUCAAUUUUAACUAAGUGAUUAUUGUUUAAAAAAAUGAUAUAUUUGAAUAAUGAUAAAAAUUGUUCCCAGAUUCAUUUAGAGACAAGAAAAGUUUAUGCUGAGUUUCUUAAACUUGAAAAGGACAACCGAGUGCAUGAUUGGACUUGGCAACACCAACGAGAAUACUACAUGCAUUUUUAUAACACAAAAAAUUCUUCGAUACGUGAAGAUAUAAAGUUGUUAGAAAUAUUGGAAGAAACUGAGAGAAAAAUUGCUUGGUGUCAAUAUGAGGCAAAAUUAACACCAAUCACUAGGGAUGGAACUUUUAGGGACCUGCAAGCUCUCUACCCAGAAGAAGUUGAAGAAUAUGAAUGGGGUCCAACUAUGUGUAAUGCCAACACAACCCUUAAUCAGUUUGAAAGAUUUCUCGAUAAUCAUAAAUAAAUGUAUAUAUAUAUAAAUGUACAUGGUUUAAAUAAAUAAAAAAAAAAAAAUGACAAUAAUAAAACAAAAAAAAAAAUCUCAUUUCUAUCUUUAAUUCCCUAACCUCCAGAAACUAUGAAUAAUUCAAUAAAUAAAUACAUAAAUAAA